AAUCUGUCGAAAACGGGUUUCUGAGACCGAGGCCUACCGGUCGCGACCGGUCGUCUCUACGACCGCAGGCUACCGGAUUACGAAUUCUAGUGCCUUACCGAGGCACACGGCUGGCCUUACAUCAAUUACAAACGAGUAUGAAUCGCCCGGCGGCCGGCGGCCUGCGGGAACUCGUGCGGCACAUCGUGCAGCGCGACGUCCUGCGCGCGUCGGCCGCGAAGAGCCGCGGCUGGAUGGUGCUGGUCCUCGACGCGGCGGCGGCGCGCGUGCUGACGCCGGUGCUGGGUUUGUACGACCUCGUCGAGGAGCGCGUGACGCUGGUCGAGUCUCUCGAAAAAAAGCGCCAGCCGUUCCCGGACAUGACCGCCGUCUACGUCGUCGCCGCGACGUCCGAGAGCGUCGCGCGGGUCGCUGCAGAUUGGCGCGGCCCAACCGCGGACCCCUACGCCGACGCGCACGUGUUCACGCUCGACGCGCUCGGCGACGGCGAAAUGGGCGCGCUCCGGGAAAUGGCCCGAAAGCUCCGCGCGCUCGUCGAGCUCCGCCUCGACUUCCUCGCGCUCGAGGCGCGCGCGUUCAGCCUCGACGAGCCGCGCGCCUUUCGCGUCGCGCCGGGCGCGGCGCGCGGCGCGGCGCUCGACGCGCCUCGCGACGCCGCGUGCGCGCGCAAACUCGCGAACCUGCUCGCGACGCUCGGUGCCGGCGCCGGCGUCGUCGUGCGGCACCGCGCGGGCAACGCGCGCGCGCGCGCCUGCGGCGCGCGGCUGCUCGACGAACUCGCGCGGGGCGGCGGCGGCGGCGGCGGCGGCGGCGGCGGCGGCGGCGGCGCGGCGCCCGGCGUCGUCGUCCUGCUCGUCGACCGCGCCGACGACGUGCUCACGCCGCUCGUCCACGAGUACUCGUACCAGGCGCUCGUGCAGGACGUCCUGCCGGUCGAGGGCGCCGCGCGCGACCGCGUGCGCGUGGCCGACGCGGCGGCCCCGGGCGCGCCGCCGCCCGACGACGCGUACGUCCUCUCGGACCGCGACGCGCUCUGGGUCGAGCUGCGGCACGCGCACGUGGCCGCCGUCGUGCGCCGGCUCCGCGCGCGGACGCGCGCCGUCCUCGCGUCGCACCGCGGCGCCGCCGACCUGCGGCGGGGCCGCGGCGGCGACCUGAGCCUCGGCGAGAUGGCCGCCGCGCUGCGGCGCCUGCCCGAGUUCCGCGCGGCGACGGCGCGGCUCGACGCGCACAUGACGCUCGCGCGCGCGGCGCUCGCGGAGUUUCAGCGCCACCGCCUCCUCGAGCAGUCGCAGCUCGAGCAGACGCUCGCGACGGGCGUCGACGCCGACGGCGCCGAGGCGCGGCCGCGCGACGUCCUCAAGGCCGUGUCGCGCCACCUCGCCGCCGGCGCCGACGACGACCGCGGCGACCGGUCGCACGCGCUCCGCCUCGCGGCCGCGUACGUCGCCGCGGCCGGCGGCCGCGUCGCCGAGGCCGAGCGGACGCGCCUCUUCGACGCGCUGCGGCCCGACGCGCGCGACGCGCGGCGCCUCCGCCGCCUCGCCCGGGUCGUCGCCGACGCCGGCGGCCUGCCGACGCGCGACGACGCGGCCGCGCUCGCCGCGCGCCGCGCGCGGACGGCCGCCGCGGAGGCCGCGCGGACGGCCGCGCGGCGCCGCCGGUCGCGCGGCGGCGCGCCGACGCGGCGGCUCGCGUCGCUCCGCGCCGCCCUGUCCGCCGCGCUCUCCGCCGCCGGGCGCGCCGCCAACGACGACGACGGCGACGACGACGGCGACGGCGGCGACGUCGAGCACCGCUACGCGCCGCCGCUCAAGGCGCUCGUGGCCGCGCUCUGCGACGGCGACCUCGACGCCGACCUCUAUCCCGCGCUCGGCGGCGCGCCCGACGCCGCGACGCCCGCCAAGCGCGCCGCCGUCUCCGCGCGCAAGGCGUCGUCGCGCCGCCUCGCGCGCGCGCCGUCGGCGGCGGCGGGCGCGGCGGCGGCGCCGCCGUUCUCGGGUCCGCGCGUCGUCGUCGCCGUGCUCGGCGGCGCCACGUACUCCGAACUUCGCGCCGCCUACGAGGUUUCGCGCGACACGCACCGCGAGGUCAUUUUGGGAGGAUCGGCGCUCCUCGCGCCCGGCGGCUUUCUCGCCUCGCUCGCGGACUAG